AUGUCCCCCCGUGUGUCCCUCCCUGGCAGCAUCUACUGCCCGCGCUGCGAGCGGGCUCUGUGCUGUCCGUGCGCGCUGCUGGACACCGGCCACGCUCCUUUCCGCGACCUGCGCGCCGAGAGCCGCCGGCGCCAGGACGAGCUGCGCUCGCUGCGCCGGGACCUGCGGCGGCUCCGCGGCGGCUUCGAGGCGGCGCUGGCGCGGCUGCGGAGCGAGGCCCUGGGAAUGAUCCCUCCUGCCUUCCCGGAGCUUCCCACCCCCGCCUCGGGCCAUCCCAAUCCGGAGGGGGUGGGGCUGGAGCAGCCGGGCGGGAUUUUCCCAGCUCCGGAGGCUCCGGCUCAGGAUCUCAUCCCAGUUUUCUCCAUCCCUGGCACAGAUGUCCCCGAGGUCGAGGUGGCCCUGGAGGACAACCUGGAAGAGGAUCCAGUCCAUCCCAAAAUCCAGAGUGUCUCCAGCCUCGAGGAGAUCCACGUGGACCAGCCUCUGCCGUGCUCCUCCUGUACCAAGCGGCCGCUUCCCUGCGUGGAGAGGGGCAGCCAGAUGUCCCCCAAAAUCAUGAAGUUGGAAUGUGACCAUGAGGCAGGUCCCAGCCGUCCCCAGUCCCACUGGGAAUUCCAGACGGAGCCCGGCCCCUCCACGUGGCAGCACAACUGCGUCCGCAGCGGUGACGCAGAGGUCGGCAGCAUCAUCAUCUGCAGCUCGGACGACAGCGACGAGGACACCGUGGUGGUGACGGUGACACCGGAGCCACCCCCGUGCUGAUGCCCCAGGGAAUCAUCCGGCCUCAUCCCAGAAUUCCCAGAUUUCCGCUUGGACUUUCAUCUUCUUGGCCAAUCCCAAAUUUAUUCUUGGGCUGAGCUCCCGGUCUUCCGGAGCGGCCCCAAAUCCCUCUGGAUCUGCUGAGAUCUCCCCUUCGAGGCUUUGAGGUUUCUUGGCAAUGAGGAUCUUCUCCCAAAUCCCAUCCAAGUUGUUCCCAAAAUAAAAUUUGGGAUGGGAUUUGGGAUCUGUGCUGGCAGAUCCCAUUCCCAAGCCCCCCCAAAUGGGGAGAGAUGAUCCCAAGGGUGGGAUCUCCUCUGGGAUCCAGAGCAGGGAAUUCCUUAGGACUGGGGUUGGGAUUGGGGUUGGGGUUGGGAUCAGGGUUGGUUUUCCAGUGUAACGAGGCACAAAAAAUCCCGUUUUUUUAAUGUCUCCCCCCUAUAAAGCUGUUCUGGGAUAAAAUUCCAGCCC